GAAAGUUGUGUAUCGGCAAACAAACACUUUUUGUUCCGCAUCGUGUUUUCUCGUGUUGAUUUAGUGUACCCACAACCAAACCGCAAUGGAAAAUAGAUUGAAUCGAUAUGAAAAGAUUGAUUUUCUGGGUGAAGGACAGUUCGCCACCGUCUACAAAGCGCGUGAUGCCGAAACAGAUGAAAUAGUAGCUGUGAAGAAAAUUAAAAUAGGAAACCGUGAGGAAGCUGCUGACGGAAUCAACCGAACCGCUCUGCGAGAGAUCAAGCUGCUACAUGAACUGCAACACGAGAACAUAAUUGGACUGCUGGAUGUGUUCGGUCAUAAGAGCAAUGUGUCACUGGUGUUCGAUUUUAUGGACACGGACUUGGAGAUUAUAAUCAAGGACCAAACAAUAGUGCUCACGCCGGCCAAUAUCAAAAGUUACAUGAUUCAAACGCUGAAAGGUCUCGAAUACCUGCACAUGCACUGGAUACUGCAUCGGGAUCUGAAACCGAACAAUCUGCUGAUCAGCGGCAGUGGAGUGCUCAAGAUCGGUGAUUUUGGUUUGGCGAAGUUUUUCGGCUCCCCGAAUCGGAUCAACACGAACCAAGUCGUCACACGGUGGUAUCGUUGCCCGGAGCUGCUUUUCGGUGCUCGUCAGUACGGCGUGGGAGUCGACAUUUGGGCCGUUGGAUGCAUUCUGGCCGAGCUGCUACUGCGUGUGCCGUUCCUGCCAGGUGAUAGCGAUCUGGAUCAACUGACUCGAAUAUUUCAAGUGCUCGGAACACCAACCGAUGCCAACUGGCCCGAUGUUAACUCACUACCGGAUUACAUGCAGUACAAAUUUUUCCCUCCAAUUCCGUUACGGGAUAUUUUUACGGCUGCUUCGGAUGAUCUGAUCGAUUUGGCCAACAAAAUGUUGGCGCUGUGCCCGCUGCACAGAUGUACCUGCACCGAGGCGCUGAACAUGCCCUACUUUUCCAACAAACCGGCACCAACGGUUGGCCCAAGGUUGCCGAUGCCGGCCAGCUACAAUCCCGCUAACCGACAAGAGAAGAAACCAUCGUUGAAACGAAAACUUUUGGAUAGCAUCGAUGGUGGGACGGUUCCAAAACGUUUACAGUUUUGAUAUAUGCAGAACAUUUUAUCGGGAUACGAUUGUUAAUAAUAAAUGCGCAAAGAAUAAAUUA